AUGAAGAUGCUAUGCAAAGUCUCGGUUUUGCUCUUGUUCUUGGCCACACUGACUUGCUACUGCAACGCCUUGCCCCUCUCAACCCACAAGCGAUGGAUCAUCGACGACGCAACGGGGAAGCGCGUGAAGCUCACGUGCGCCCAUUGGGUUGCACAUGCAAAGCCAAUGGUGGCGGAGGGUUUGGACCAGUUACCCUUAAACGACAUCGUUAAGCAGUUUCCUGAACGGGGAUUCAACUGCGUUCGUCUCUCCUAUGCCACUUACAUGUUCACUCGCUACGCCAACGUCUCCAUUGGCGAGACCUUGAGGAGUCUGGACAUACCGGAGAGGGUGGCAGCGAUAGAGAAGCACAACCCUUGGGUGCUGAACAUGACGCACCUUCAGGCUUAUGAUGCUGUGGUUGAUGCCUUGGAUAAACAAGGGGUCAUGAUGCUCAUUGAUAACCAUGUUAGCAUGCCUAAAUGGUGCUGUGAUCGUCAAGAUCAGAAUGGCUUCUUCAAUGACAGGCACUUUCAACCUCAGGAAUGGCUUCAAGGUUUGGCUUUUGUAGCCCGCCAUUUCAAGCCAAAACGCCAUGUUGUGGCUAUGGACUUGAGAAAUGAGCUUAGAGGUUCACGUGAAAGUUCAAAGGAUUGGUAUAAGUACGUGAGGCAAGGAGCAAGAACCAUUCACCAACACAACCCUAAUCUCUUAGUUGUAAUCUCAGGCUUAGACUUCGACAAAGACUUCACGUUCUUGAAGAACAAGCCCCUUGACCUAAACUUCACCAAGAAGAUAGUUUACGAGGCGCACUUGUACUCUUUUACCGGCGACACAGGCAGUUGGAGCCUACAACCGGUGAAUCGGGUUUGCGCCUCUGUCCUGGAGUCGGUGCAAAAUCUAUGGGGAUUUUUGAUAGGCGGAAGCAACCCAGCACCAAUGUUUGUGAGCGAAUUCGGUUAUGACAUGACGGGUGAAAAUGAUGCGGACAACAAAUACAUCGUGUGCUUCAAGUCUUACCUUGCAGCGAUGGACAUGGAUUGGAGCUUGUGGUCUUUUGGAGGAAGCUAUUAUUAUCGACAAGGGAAUGUUGGUGCUGAUGAGAGCUAUGCUGUUUUGACCCAUGAUUGGACACGUUAUAGAGACCCUAAAUUCCCACACAAGUUUCAACUUCUUCAAGCUCUACUCCAAGAUCCAACUUCUAACCUUUCAAAGUCCCAGAUCCUGUUCCAUCCUUUGAGCGGUAACUGCACGCACGUGAGCCGCAAGAAGGAACUUGAAUUUGGUGACUGCAAGAACCAUGUUCGGUGGAGUUUCGAAGGAGAUAAUAAUGGAGCUCCAAUCAGAAAGAUGGACUCUCCUCUGUGUCUAAAGGCAACUGGUGAAGGCCUUCCUCCAACACUCUCAAAGGAUUGCUUGUCACCAAAGAGUUCUUGGAGAUUUGUUUCGGUGACGGGUCUUCAUUUGGCCACCAAAAAUAAGAAUGGGGACCUUUUGUGCUUGGACACUCAUUCUCAUUCUUCUAAGUUAGUCACCAAAAAAUGCAUCUGCGUUGAUGACGAUGAUUCUGCUUGUUUGGAUAAUCCCCAAAGCCAGUGGUUCCAGCUUCUUACAACCAACGUCUAG